GGGACACGCAUCCGCACAAAACACAGAAAUGUGGAUGCCAUGGCGGCUUUGAGCCAUGCUGGUGCAGCUACUUGUGGAGCCCUGGAGUGCAGGCUAUCAUCAGCCCUAUCAUAAUUCAUCCAAGCUGAGGAAGAUUCCACAGCCUGAAGGAAAAAGGCUACACUUCUGAACGAUUCAAAGAAGGCUGUGAAACUGUGCUAACAGACAGAUCCGAGGCAACGUCCUCAAUCACACGUACAGACGCUCUAAUACUCCGCUCCACAAAUCCCUGAUACAGGAAAAACAAAGCAGCGGCGGACGUGAAAGGCAGAGACUGAGCAGGUCAAGAGCUGUGCACCAACAUGGCAACCGAAAGUCUUGCUGAGCUUCGCGAUUGGCUUUUUCUGCUCCUUCUGGUCCUCACUUUAUUGGCUGAGGUGCUGGAGUUGGCGGCAGCAGCGAUUGCCAUGGAGACAGGCGAGGGAGACGAGGGCAUUGUUUGUCCCUCAGUGUGCCGUUGUGACGAGGGCUUUAUCUACUGCAACGACCGUGGCCUGAGCAUAAUUCCUCCACUACCAUUAACGGCUGCUAUCCUCUACUUACAGAGUAACCGGCUGAGCAAUGCUGGGCUGCCUCAAUCACUGGAACGUAGUACUUCCAUACGAGUGAUUUACCUGUAUGCUAACCAAUUGGAUGAAUUUCCUAUACACCUCCCACCUUCCUUAAAAGAGCUCCAUUUGCAGGAUAAUAAUAUACGAACGUUACCCCGAUCAGCUUUGGCUAAGUUACCAUUACUUGAACGUUUACACCUGGAUGAUAACUCUAUAUCUACAGUUAGCAUCCAGGAAAGAGCUUUUUCUGGGACUCCACGGCUUCGACUGCUGUUUUUGUCUCGGAAUCACCUCUCAAGCAUCCCUGCAGGCCUACCAGCUUCACUGGAAGAGUUACGACUGGAUGACAACAGAAUCAGCACCAUUCCCACACAUGCCUUCCGUGGGCUUGCCUCCCUGCGACGUUUAGUCCUGGAUGGUAACUUGCUGGCCAACACACGCAUCGCAGAUGACACCUUUUCUCGUCUCUCUAAUCUGACUGAGCUGUCACUGGUCAGGAAUGCCUUGCAGUCUCCACCAGUCAACCUGCCUUCAGCCCACCUUAUUCGACUCCAUUUGCAAGACAAUGGAAUGACCCACAUACCAAGAGGGACACUGGACGGGAUGCGGCGUCUACAGAAGUUGGAUCUUUCAGGAAACAAUUUGACCACUAUCUCUCGAGGUCUUCUGAGAGACACAGAAAGCCUGGAGCUUCUGUUGCUAAGAGGGAACCCCUGGUACUGUGGGUGCAACCUUCGCUGGCUGCAUGCUUGGCUGCAUGGACGAGGGUCAGCAGUGACUGUUAGAGGACUCACCUGUCAGGGACCUGAGCCUGUAAGGGGUCAGAUUCUCCGAGACCUAACAUCACUGAUGGAGCAAUGUGAAGGGCCUCCUGCAGGUCCCAGUCCUGGAAUAGGGAUGAACCCAGCAGAGAAAGAUAUAGGCGAGGACGGAGUUGGGGGAAGCCAAGUAGUCCCUUCUGGUAGCACCACAACUACCUCUCUGUUAGUCCCUACGCAAGGCUCCCUCUUUACUUUGCAUGCUAAGCGACCUGGCUUCAUUAUGCCUCUUCCUCCAGGAGAAGGUGGACAGAUAUCUGGGGAGGCCUUAGAGCUGACUUUAAAACCUCUCUCUUCAGACAGUGUAUUGGUGAGUUGGCUGUGCCUGCAGCCUGCACCUUCUUUCCGCCUAUCAUGGCAGAGACUGGGUAGCAGUGCAGCUCUUGGUUCAAUAACAGAAACUUUGGUUCCUGGUGAGAGAAGGCAGUAUCUUCUCACCCAACUCACCCCACGCUCCCAUUACCUCAUCUGCCUGCUGCCACUACGACAGGAGGCCUCCCUUGGCAGCUCCAGUAUGGGUGCAUCUCGAGCUGGCAGCAUGGACACAGACAUCAAAUACUCUACCCCAGCCUGUGCUCAGAUUGAGACUGGAGAGGCUGUGGUCAGCUCUGGAGGGGUAGGAUCUGAAAAGGAGGGACAGGAUUUAGAGUUAACAGCCCUUCCACUGGCUGGGAUUAUAGGAGGUGCAACAGCAUUGGUAAGCCUGCUAUUAAUCUUUGGCAUCUUCUGCUGGUAUGGACAGAGAUCAGGUUACAUGUCUGGGGACUCAGGUGCAUACAGCAGAGGCCGGGGAGGGAAACAUUAUGAUGACUAUGUAGAGUCAGGGACCAAGAAAGACACUUCGAUCUUAGAGAUCAGAGCCCCCCCUGCAGGGUUUCAGAUGACAGCUAUGGCCCAUCAGUCUCUGCAGCCAAAGCUGGAGGAUGUCACCUACAUUCACACCAUUUUCCCAUCCUCCUCCUCUUCCUCUCAAGCUAAUGGGACCUACCGGAGUAGCCAUGGAGCUGUCAGCCUCAAUGGCACCAUCCUCAGCCAAACCAGCCAUCAUCAUGCCACUUAUGGAACCAACCGUGGCUACAGAGAGGCUGGCAUCCCUGACAUAGAUUAUGCCUACACGUGAUGAUACAAAGAUGCGCUUUCUGAGCCUUGAGAGCCACUUGGCUUGUGGCAUUUUGUCCUUGGUUUCCAAAGUACCCUCCGUGCCUCU